AUCAGAGCGUCACGUCCAAUACAAUAUGCAGGAAGUAUGGUCUUUAAAGUCUUUGUUUUAUGGCACUUUUUCCCGCCACAACCUAUACCAAGUGAGAUGUUUCAAAACUCAGAGAAAUCUGUGACAGUUUAAGAAAAUUUGUACUUGUCAAGUUUUUAACAUAAUUGUCAAGCAAAAUGGAAGACGUAGCGAACUUGGCUGAUCUGUUGCCCACUUAUUAUACAAGAUUAUUUCCCUUUCACGAUUAUUAUCGUUGGCUCAGCUAUGGAAAUGUGAAUGUAUUUACCCACAGAGAAUUCUCAUUCACUCUCCAAGGUGAUAUCUAUCUUCGUUUCCAAUCGUUCAAAAGUGCAAAGGAGUUGGAGUAUGAGAUUAAAAGACUUCUUCCCUUUAAAAUUGAUAUAGGCGCGGUAUACAACCUCAGUCCAAAGGAUCAACGCAAAGAAACAAAUUUUCAUCCUGUUGAAAGAGAACUGGUUUUUGACAUAGAUAUGACCGACUAUGAUGAUGUAAGAACAUGUUGCAGCGGUGCAGAUAUCUGCUGUAAAUGCUGGAAGUUUAUGGCAUUGGCUUGUAAAAUUUUAGACAGUGCUUUGAGAUUGGAUUUUGGAUACAAACACAUAUUGUGGGUAUUUUCUGGCAGAAGAGGUAUUCAUUGCUGGGUAUGCGAUCCUAGUGCACGCAGCCUGACUGCAACAGAACGUGGUGCAGUAGCAGAGUAUUUGCAAAUUGUAGAAGGUGGUGAAUAUAUGAAAAAGAAAGUGAAUUUACCUGGUGAUAGAAUACACCACUCCAUCAAACGUGCGCUGGAAAUGAUAGAAGCUGUUUUUGUUCCAUUCUGUAUAGAAGAACAAAAUAUAUUAGGAACAGACGAAGGAAUGGAAAAAUUUCUGCAGAUAAUUUCCGAUGAUGAAGAUAGACAAGAACUAAAAGCAUUUUUUGGGCAAUGCAGUUCCAGCAAGGACAGAUGGGACUCAUUUGUGAAAUAUGUUAAGAACAAGAAGACCACGGGAGAUAAAAAAUGGUAUCAAUAUCGUCAUUUGAUAGAAGAAGUAAUGCUACAGUAUGCCUAUCCGAGAUUAGAUAUAGCUGUCAGCAAAGGAUUGAACCAUCUUUUGAAAUCUCCUUUUUGUGUUCACCCAAAAACUGGCAAAAUUUGUAUCCCAUUCUCCGUAAAUGCAGUGGACAAAUUCCAGCUAGACAAAGUACCAACGCUUGCAACGUUGAUCGAAGAAAUAAACGAAUUCGACGUGAAAGAUAAGACCGAACAAGAAACGUACGACUUGAAUGCGAAGAAAAUAAAAGAUUACAAAAAAACUAGUAUUAAUAAGUCAUUACAUAUCUUUCAAGAAUUUCUAUGGAAUCUAGAAAAUGAAAGAAAAGUGCAGAGGCUCCAGCAAAACGACGUGAAGAUGGAAUUUUAAUUAGAACGUAUUUGUAUUUUUUUUAAAUAAGUUUAUAAAUAAAGUUUAAGAAUAGUAAUAUGAUUUUCGUGGUUCGAUUCGAUCAUCGCGUCGACCAUUAAAAACAUUAAAAAAUCAUUAAAACAAAAAUAAUAGUUUUUAAGUACAAAAUUCAUUCAAACUGUUCGUAGCGCUUAGCUCGAUAUUGCUUUUUAAAGAAUAAUUCCUAUAUAACAAUAUCAAUUACCCAAAUCAUUCCACGAGAAAGAGGUACGCAUUGCGAUUACGAUUCGAGUUAAAACGUUCGCGAACUACAAUCGUGCACAUUUUUUAAUCUCGAAUUCAAAUAACAUACCAAUAAUGUCAAAUCAGCAAAAUAUAAAUAUUUGGUUAUAAAACAAAAAAGAGAGAGUGCCUAUAGGUGUAGUUUACAUAAUAAUCGGACAUAGGUAUGGAAGGAAGCACAGAUAUGUACAUAUGUAGGUACAUGUCGUUCCUUAGUUUACGCUGAAUCGAUAACAUUGGAAAUGACGUUAAAAUGGUAAGAGGAUUCUAGAGCCUCCAAAGUUCGAAACACGACUAAACAUUGCAUACUGCAUUGGGUGAUAGGUUUAUUCUGUAUCUGUUCUUUUAUUGCAUAUAAAAUAUAAUGCCUAUAUUCGUCGUUGCAUCUUUUAAUGUGCGUUUGUAAAAUGUAAAAACAGCACAAAGUGUUCUAGGAAAAGAUUCGAUAAAGUAAUCUGAAAUUUUCUAGAAAUUUUCAAACUAUUCAAAUUAUCAAAAUAUUAAUUAAAAUAUUAUCUCACUAUUAUGUUUUAUUACUAUAUUUCUAUUCAUAAACCCUUAUUAUAAGUAUUCAUCGUUUUAUUAUAAUUAAUAAAUGUGAAUUUUAAUGCAAU